AUGCCUCGUCCUCCUCUCAUGGCUACAAUCGCCUCGGCACAUCGGCUGCGCAGCGCCAACUUCGUCCAAUUUCAAGGGGAUUACGUGGAGGAAGCAGAGUACUGCAGCGACUGCAGCAGACUCCGACUGCCUUGGGACAUACCCGAAGAAGAAGAACCUGAGCACAAAGAGGAAGAAUUGGACGAUUACAUCAACGAUCCCAACAGGACCAAGCACUACUUGGAUUACAUGUUCGCCGUCGAACAGGGAAAGCUUGACGCUGACGAGCUUCACAAGCAGUGGCUGAAUGCGAUCGAUCAGGAGCUGUGGGAGUCAGCGGUAGCAGGCGACGCCCGUCAGGUCGAGAAACUCCUCCAGCAGGGCGCGAACGCUUCCUCCAUGGCUGGUCUGGCUGGAACCUUCCCGCUCCUCCACGCGGCUGCUGGGAUGGGGCACGUGGAGGUUGUGGAGACGCUCGUGCGGCAAGGCGGGGCAAGAGUGGAGGCUCACGACGGAGAGGGAUGGACUCCGCUCCACAUUGCAGCCGAUCGGGGGCAUCUGGGUGUGGUCAAAAAGCUGCACGAGCUCGGGGCGGACGUGAACGCGAGGGUUGCUCUGGUGAACGGAUCUCAAGCUGACAUGCUGUACCAGGACAAGGUGCCCUUCGAAUGGAACGAAGGAGCCAUACACUGGUGCGCCAAGUCGGAGCACCCGGAGAUGGCAGUGACGAUGAUUGACUGCCUGGCGGACCUCGGCGCUGACAUGAACCUCCGAACUUCGGACAACAGAACUGCUAUCCACUGGGCUAUCGAACAUAACUGCAUCCCGAUCGUGAAGAAACUUGUGGAGCGAGGAGCGGACGUCAACGCACGCUGCUGCUAUCGGUGGGACGCCCUGAACAUGGCGGCGAGGGCGGGGAAUCUGAAGAUGGUAGAGACGCUCCUGGCGUUGAAUGCAGACGUGUAUUCGAGGUCCCCCAACCUCAGAAGUCCCUUGUGGUGGGCGGAAUCAAACCACUUCGAUGACGUGGCUGACGUUCUGCGCAAGUACGGGAUCGUUGACCGCAAGCCCAUGGCGGAGAUCAUGCGGAAUUACUGA